AUGUUGCAAGGAAAUGUGGCUAGGCACUGGGGUGCCAAAGGCAAAUGGGAUGCCGAAGGCACAAAGCUUGCAUGUCGCAGGGCGAUGUGCCUAGGGACGGGGGUGCUGAAGGCGAAGGGAUGCCGAAGGCGACACAAAGCUUGCAUGUUGGAAGGCAAUGUGACUAGGCACGGGGGUGCCGAAGGCGAAGGGAUGCCGAAGGCAAUAGAAAGCUUGCGUGUUGCAAGGCAAUGUGGCUAG